CAAAAGGCCACUUGACACAAAGUGAGUGAUUAAUAAUAAAUUUUAAUCACUCGGCGUCAUGCAAGUGAUAAAAUACAUUCGCAAAAAAGUCAAAAAAAAAAAUAACGCGCAAAGGAACUCCUUUUUAAUCUUAUCAAUAAAAAUUCUUUAAAGGCAAUUUUUAUAUUUAAACCUCAUUCGUGUUCAAGUUUCUGAUAAUGAUAAAGCAAUAAAAAAAAAAGUUUAAUUUUAUUUCACUUUCAUUGCCCAAACAGUUGAGUUUGUGAAGUUUGUCGUGAAGGCAGUGAAUCGCAAUUAAUUAUUGACAGAUUUGCAUGCUUUUCGGAGACCACAUUAAGUCCACAAAUGUAUUAACAUAUUUAACAUAAAAAUCAAUUUUAAGUGUCGAUUAAUAAAUUUACGAAUCAAUAUCAUUGUCAAAAUUGAGUGCAUAAAUCAACAGAUUAAAGGAAUAAUGAAGCCAGCAGCGAAACCAUGUCGGGUGCAACUGCAGAAAGCUGCAUGGAUAACAGUCGAUUUGUUUAUAUUCUUACUAGCUGUUGCCACACUGGUUUAUAUAGAAUUUUUUGCUAGCAAUGUGAAGCGUGGCUUUUUCUGUGGUGAUAAGUCGAUCUCGUUUAUACGACAGAAGGAUACGAUUUCGAUAAAAACGGUCAUCUUAUUUGGUCUUGCACCAAUUUUAUUUAUGUGGAUAGCUGAAUUUAUUUUUGUGGACAUUGACUUAGACGAAGGUGAAAAUAAUGGUCUGAGAUGUAGGCUGAGGAAGAGUUGGAAGAAGACGCUUUUCUGGUUUAAGGAUUAUGCUGUAAAUUUAGUAUUUUUACUUUUAAUGAUGGAUGUUACUAAGGUGCUUGUUGGCGAGCAUCGUCCUCAUUUUCUUGACACAUGCCGUCCAGAUGCUGCUAUUAAUUGCACUGUUGGUGACUUCAUCACAGAUUACGAAUGUACAAACAAAAAUAUUUCCUCAUAUAGUCUGCGUGACGUCUCAAGAAGCUUCCCAAGUGGACAUGCAUCAAUAUCAACAUACGCUUCACUUUUUAUGAUUUGGUAUUUACAGUGUCGCCUUCCGAAACUGAAAUCAAUGUUCCUUGUGCCAUUUUUACAAAUUUUAUUAGCUUUAUGGGUCAGUUUAUGUAGCGUGAGUCGAGUUACGAAUCACAGACAUCAUUGGACGGAUGUCAUAGGUGGUAUUAUACUUGGUGUCGUAUGUGCAAUGUACACGUGUUAUGUAUUAACGAAUAAUUUUAAUCGUGAGAAUGAUAAGCUAAAGCCAAUCAAAUGUAAUGCUAAUGGAUCAUCAGCAAAUGACAGCAGACGGAGUGUUCGACGACUUUUAUCAACAAUUAGUUCGAAGGAGGAAUUUACGUUAAAUAAUCUCGAAUGAAUUAGCAUCACUUUUUGGUCACAUAAGAUCAAUUUAGACUUAGUUGUUUGCCAGAUUUCUUUCAAAUUUAGUUCAAAAUUUCUUUGCAGAAAUCUGGACGUAGUUGUAC